CUUCAGGCAUGGCAGAGAAGCUUUGCUUCCAGCAGCAGAGCGGCUAGCAAGUCAAUGAUACCGUCGAGGCCCACUCGAGCUAUGCUUUACGUACCAGGCUCGAGCGAUAAGAUGAUCAGAAAGAGCCAUUCGAUUGAAGUCGAUACCCUCAUCUUCGACCUCGAAGACUCAGUCGCCAAUCACCGCAAAGGUGCAGCUCGCGAGUCGGUCUACCAUGGCCUGCGGUCCGCCUCCUCAUCAAAGGGUCCACAGCGAGCUGUGCGCAUCAAUCCACCCUCAUCAGACGAGAACCUAGCAAGCGACGAUUUGGAACUUCUCUUACCCCUCGGACAGCUUGAAGGGCUCGUAAUACCAAAGGUGGAACACGAAGCGGACGUGGCUUUCGUCCUCUCACGAGCUCAGCAGCUUCGCCCACCGGGAUCACCACCUCUCUCCCUCACACUCUGCGUCGAGAGCGCUGCCAGUCUACUGCGCAUGCCAUCUAUCCUUGAGACUCUUUCCUCCACCUCGCAUCGCCCAUCCUCCUCCCUGGCGCACAUCUCCUCCCUCCUAUUCGGUUCAGAGGACUUCUGCCACUCUGCGGGCAUCAUCCGUACUCGAUCUCGCCGUGAGCUCCUCAUGCCCCGUCAGCAGAUGGCCCUGAUCGCAAAGGCAUAUGGUAUGGCGGCGAUUGACAUGGUCUGCAUCGACUACAAGGACGAGGAGUAUUUGAUAGAGGAGUGCAGGGAUGGGGCUGAGAUUGGUUUCGAUGGGAAGCAGGCGAUCCACCCAGCACAAGUCGCUACGAUUCAGAAGGCUUUUGCGCCCUCAGAGCAAGAGGUCGCUGACGCUGAAAAGAUCAAGCGGGCCUACGAGGAAGGCGUCAAGGGCCACAAGGGCGCUGUGGAAGUCGAGCUAUCGGGGAGAAGCGUUAUGGUUGAUGCACCGAUGCUCAAGGUGAGAGCGGAGGAUGCUGCUAAUGUUGCCACUCGAGGAUUUGUCUACUGAUACAUUUGCCUUCCGCAAUCGUCCUUCACACCUUCUCUUCCCGCUCUUCCUUCUCGCCACGCAGCAAGCCCGGCAUACCCUAGCUAGGGCUGCUUCAACCAGUCGGGAGUGGCGCAAGGCUCUCACCGAGGCCUCAUCGUCGUAGAACCCUUCUGAUGCUCCUCAACUGCGCUCAUCUCAUCCUUCUCGGCCCCGCCGGCGGGAUCAACUCAUCGAAUGCCUGCCUAGACCAGAAGUAAGGCGGUUCCGGCC